UCUCUCCUUUUUUGUUUUUGUUCUCCCUCCCGCACCUGAACAAUGCCAUGAGGUGACUUUCACUUAACUGCAAAUAUUUAGAUAUUUUUGUGGGCUGUUCUCUUCUUCCCCUUUGAGCAUUAGCCAAUAGCCACAUGCUGCCUCCUUUCACAGCAAAGAGCUGCCUUAAGGGAGGAUCGUUACAGAGGGUUUCCUAAACGACCAAAGAAAAUGCAAAUAGUCUGUGUGCUCUUAGCAUACGCUCUGGUUUAAGCAGCUUGGUACCGAAGCCAGCUCCAGACAGAGCUGGGAAGAAAAUACUGAACCUUAAGACUUCCUCAAAAUCUUUCACUGACUUCUAAGGGUGAAAACAGUGAGAAGAUCCAGUGUGUCAAGUUGGAGACUUAAAAAACUGUAGGUUUCAAGGUGAUACCUCUCAGGCAGAGCCUAUGGAUACCACAGAAAAUAUGACCGCAUUGUCUGGCAGCAACUCAACAUGCCCUUUCACCAUUGACGACUUCCGAAAUAAAGUGUACUCCACGUUGUACUCCAUGAUUGCGAUUCUGGGCUUUGUUGGAAAUAGCUUUGUGCUGUGUGUCCUCAUAAAAACGUAUCGGCAGAAGACAGCCUUCCAGAUCUACAUGCUGAAUCUUGCAGUGUCAGACCUCCUUUGUGUAUGCACCCUGCCUCUUCGAGUAGUGUAUUAUGUUCACAGAGGCAACUGGUUCUUUGGUGACUUCUUAUGCAGAGUUAGUUCUUAUGCAUUCUACGUCAACCUGUACUGUAGCAUUUUAUUCAUGACAGCCAUGAGCUUCUCUCGCUGCAUAGCCAUCGUUUUCCCCGUCCAGAAUCUCAAUUUGGUAACUGAGAAAAAAUCCAGACUGGCAUGUGUGAGCAUUUGGAUUUUUGUCACACUGACAAGUUCUCCAUUUUUACUGAGUGGGUCUUACGAAGAAGGUAACAAGACAAAGUGCUUUGAACCUCCCAAAAGCAGUGAGAUGACCAGUCUGCUGGUCCUACAUUAUAUUGCGCUGUUUGUAGGCUUCAUUAUCCCCUUUAGUGUCAUAACUAUCUGUUAUGCCAUGAUCAUAAAGACUUUACUGAAGAAUUCACUGAAGAAGAAUCAGUCUACUCAUAGGAAGGCCAUCUGGAUGAUAAUCAUUGUAACAGCUGCCUUCCUGGUCAGCUUCACACCUUACCAUAUUCAGCGCACAAUCCACCUUCACUUCCUGAAGAGGAAAGACUCCAGCUGUGAAGACAUCCUUUUCAUGCAGAAAUUAGUAGUGAUAACCCUAUCCUUGGCAGCAUCAAACUGCUGCUUUGACCCGCUCCUGUAUUUCUUUUCAGGGGGCAACUUUCGGAGGAGACUUUCCACAUUUAGAAAGGCUUCCUCCUCCAGUGUGAUACUGGGACCCAGGAAAAAGUUAUCAUUAAAGGAGAAAGACGACGAGCUGUUUCAAGAAAGCCAUAAAUAAGCUGGAUGUGAGGUGUAGCUGUGCUUCCUUUAUAAGGCUUUUUGUGUGGCACUGCAGUAGAAAUAAGCUCACAGUGGGACACCAGUGACUGCAGAACUGCUUCAGGAGAAAUGAACAAAACAAAUAUAUCUUCAUCAAAGUUAAACAGAGACAAAAAUCCAAAGGGUCCUGCUUCUACUCAUACCUUUCUGACCAGACGCUCCUCUGGCUGCCAUUGAGGGGUUUAUUUGAUCGUGCUGUGGAGCAUUCUGAGAGUAAUUUUAAAUUCCAAGAGACUCAAAAUAAAAAGGACUGAAAUGUGAGUGGAUAUUCUGAAAACGUGCUCAGAAGGCAUGUACGUAUCCCACACACACUUAACAAGUUACAGCACAGCAGCAGGAAAACAUUUGCAUGCUGGUAAAUUCAUUCAAACAAACUCUUAAAAUCUCACAUGAGGUCAUGAGGCAGCUCUACAAAGACCAUUAGUCACUGAGCCAGUGGGAAAUGUAAAUAUAGAAGUUGAUGGAGCUUAUGCAAAGGGGGAGGGAGAAGAGAGGAGGAGAGUAUGCACUGAAUCCCAAAACAAACACUGAUUUCACAGGAAAAUGUCUUCCCUGUUCCCUGUUAUUUAUUGCACGGGCUUUUAACUUUCAGUGGCAUAGAUCACUGAUUGUCACCACCUAAUUCAAAAGGGUGUGUGCACAGAUGACUUUAAGCCACCUAUACACUCCUCCAAUUGUGGGCCAGUUGUGUGGCAGGCCCAUCUUCUGGUGUAAUUUAGAGCAGCCUAGGGACUGUUCUAACUUGUAUUAGCCACUAACAACCCCAAGGAACUGAUCCUGCAGCCUGGGAUUAGGGAAGCCCUAGCCAUGAGGGGGUGGCAUAGGAGCUACUACACUGGCUCUGCAUCACCAGAUGCUCACCCUACAAAGAAGUAAUCCUCAUGUGACCAUUUCGGCUAGCUUUAUGUCUACUAUACACUGGCAGUGCAGCAUAAGGAGCCACGCCCCACUGGAGGGUCUGAGCCUAUACCUUCCCACACAGGAACUGAAUUUGUUUCCCCCCCAUACAUUUCCUGUAAUUUGAGUUCCCAUUUCCAAAUAUAUUGCAACACACUAGUUACCUCAGCUCCAGCUACAAGAUCUUUGAAUGGCUUUCUGUCUAUCUGAAUUUUGCAAGUAAAUCCUGAGCUAUAGUUCUGGUAUGUGCCUCCCAAACAAACACUUUGGCCCCAGUCCUGCACCAAUUGAACCCUAAAAACAUGAGUAGUCUCCUUGAAGCCAAUGGCUGCUUUCAUACAAAAUGGGAAAUAACUGCCUAGGAAGGAGUACUGCGGAAAGGGAUCUGGGGGUCAUAGUGGAUCACAGG